AUGGUAGACCACCACCAUCGCUGCAAAAUCUAUCCAACACUUUGUCUGCUUCACACAUCUUCAUCCUCUAUGACGAUCUCAUCCAGAUCAUUCCCCAGUCCAGCCAGGGUUGGGGCUACUCGUGACCCACCGCCGCUUUUCCUCUCAAACACGCACAACUGUAGGCUCAAAAAUAGUCGUAGCAUCAAAGGCGACGCGUCUCCCGCAAUGUUCCCUACCAUCGGUAAAAAAAGAGGAAGCAGUUUUGAAAACCCUGAACUGUCUUCCCCUAAAGUUACCUGCAUUUUUCAGGUUAGGAUGAAGAGCAAGAAGAAGCACACGAAAAAUCUGAGUUUAUCGAGACGACAGAGUGCCGAUGAAAGGAAUAAUCAGAGAUGGGUUCAUUUACCAUUGAUGAUUUGUGAAGGUUUAAGAGCGUUUGGGUCUGAGGGAGGUGAUGGAAGUGGAAGAGAUGCCAGUGGUGGUGGUGAGAGAGUGGUUGAGUUAAUCGUCGGAGACGAUGAUGAUAAGAAUGAGGAAAUUGAUGAGAUGGGUAUUAUGAAUUCAAGAAGACAUGUAUUUCAAGACUUGGAGAUUGUAAACGACAUCAUCUUUGGGACAAUCGAUUAA